GAUUGGUUGAACCACUUCCUGUUUCCUGUCGACCAUACAUACACGUGAAGGUCAGCAACAGAGCCAUAAGGCAUUCAUAAUUGGAAAAAUAUUGCUCUUUCGAUCACUUUUUAGCAAAAUAUGAACGGCCAGGGAGCGACCGCAGACCCUCAGCUUCAGCAAUUCAUCGAAAUCGAGUCUCAAAAACAACGAUUUCAGCAGCUGGUGCAUCAAAUGACUGAGGUUUGCUGGGAGAAAUGUAUGGAUAAACCCGGACCAAAGAUGGACUCAAGGACAGAUACGUGCUUCGUAUACUGCGUGGAGCGAUUUAUUGACACCAGCCAGUUCAUCCUAAACAGGCUGGAACAGACUCAGAAGAGCAAGGGUCCAUUCUCUGAGACCAUAUCAGACUAAAAACUGUCACUGAAAGGACUGACAAGACACAUGCACACAGCCCCUCCUCCAAGACGAAGCCGUUUGGUCCUGACACAGUUGUCUGUAAAGAAGUGUCCCUUCAACUGGAAAACAACAUUGUUCCUUUUGAUACAAGUGCCUCAAAUUAACACGAUUUAUGGAUGCAGAAGUCGAGGGCGUCCUCCAAAGUGUGAUAGGAGUGUUGCAAAAUGCCUAGAUCAUGGUUUGUUACUAGCAAUGACCUCAUGUUUGCUUGUCAAGUAACUACUGGUCAAACGGAGCUUGAAUGUGUUAAUAUCCACUGUUGUUAACUAGUGGGUGAAGUUUAGGGGACUGCAGGAAGAUGGACACAUCUGGGACAUUCAGCUUCAGCCAGCUGUUUUUGACAGCCACAAGUACUUCACCACACACGCUGAAAUUUAAGAGUACUAACCGAUUUCUUAACCGAAGAGAAGAGGCGUGAGAUUCUGGACUGUACAUAUGCAAUAAACAAUGCCAAAUAA